AUGGCUGGGAGGCAGGAACCGCAGAUGUGGUUGUGGGGAUCGCACUUGCGAAGGCGCAGAUGCGGAAUUGGCAUCGCAGAUGCAGUUUUGGCUGAGUUAAAUGAAAGGCGCAGAAGCGGCUCAUUGACCGCAAAUGCGAGGGUUUCUUCACUUGUAAGCACAAAUUUUAGAGCUUUGGGCGAUUUCGAAGAGAGAAAUCAAGGAGACUUCAUUAAGGGACCGCACCUGCGAAGGCGCAGCUACGUAAUUGGCAUUGCAGAUGCCGUUUUGGCUGAGUUAAAUGAAAUCCGCAGAAGCGGCUCAUUGACCGCAAAUGCGGUACCACAGAUGCGGUUGAAAUCUUCCAAAUGUACUAAAUUACUAGGCCGAAUUUACUAUCAUGUUGACGGCUCUCCAAAACCUGGAUCUUUACCUCCUGGUGUUUCAGCAGCUGUUAAUGGAGUUGCAUUUUUUGGAACCCUUACAGGGCAACUCUUUUUUGGUUGGCUUGGUGACAAAUUGGGCAGGAAAAAAGUCUAUGGCAUAACAUUAAUGCUCAUGAGUCUAUGUUCCAUUGGUUCUGGUCUUUCUUUUGGUAGAGAACCAAAGACAGUGUUAGCCACACUUUGCUUCUUCAGAUUCUGGCUAGGAUUUGGUAUUGGUGGUGAUUACCCUCUUUCAGCUACCAUUAUGUCUGAAUAUGCCAAUAAAAAGACAAGGGGUGCUUUUAUUGAUGCUGUUUUCGCUAUGCAAGGAUUCGGUAUUCUGGGUGGAGGAAUCUUUGCCAUCCUGGUCUCUGCAAUAUUCGAAGCCCGAUUUAAGGCUCCUCCAUACAAAGUUGAUUCAGUUGGUUCAAUUGUUCCACAAGCAGACUAUGUUUGGAGAAUUAUAUUAAUGGUUGGAGCAUUUCCUGCAAUUCUCACUUACUAUUGGAGAACAAAGAUGCCAGAAACUGCUCGUUACACUGCCUUAGUUGCCAAGAAUGUAAAGCAAGCAACUGCAGAUAUGGAAAAAGUAAUGCAAGUUGAUAUUGAAACAGAACAAAAAGAAGAGCCUAAAAUUGCUGUUACAACUAGAGGAAAAUCAGGCAAUGAUUUUGGUUUAUUUUCUAAAGAAUUUCUUCGUCGACAUGGACUUCAUUUACUUGGCACAACAAGUACAUGGUUUCUUCUUGAUAUUGCAUUUUAUAGCCAAAAUUUGUUCCAAAAAGAUAUCUUUAGCGCAAUCGGAUGGAUUCCUCCUGCCAAUACUAUGAAUGCAAUUCAAGAAGUUUUCAAAAUUGCUAGAGCACAAACACUUAUUGCUCUAUGUAGUACAGUGCCAGGGUAUUGGUUCACAGUCUUUUUAAUUGAUAGAAUUGGGAGGUUUACUAUUCAAUUACUUGGUUUCUCUAUGAUGACAGCAUUCAUGUUUGCUUUAGCCAUUCCUUAUAACCAUUGGACUCAACCCAACAAUCGUAUCGGAUUCGUUGUCCUAUACUCAUUGACAUUUUUUUUCGCGAACUUUGGACCUAACUCGACCACAUUUGUCGUGCCAGCUGAGAUAUUUCCAGCUAGAUUACGUUCCACAUGUCAUGGAAUAUCGGCUGCAGCAGGAAAAUUAGGGGCAAUGGUUGGUGCUUUCGGGUUUUUAUAUUUGGCUCAGCCACAAGAUAAGAGUAAGGUUGAUGAAGGGUACACUGCUGGUAUAGGAGUGAAGAAUUCUCUUAUUGUGUUGGGAUUUGUUAAUCUUUUGGGUACAUUGUUUACUUUCUUGGUUCCUGAAUCUAACGGGAAAUCUCUUGAAGAAAUGUCAAGGGAAAAUGAUGAUGCAGAUGAAGCUUAA